AUGCCAGAAAAGGUGGCUCCUUGGUCUUCUAUUAAUUGGCGUUUGGGGUUGCUCACUGCUCUUGUUUUGGGUGGCAUGGUUGUGGUUUGGACUGCUGAUGGAUUCACUGUUAGGAACGUUGUUGAAGCCUGGAGUUGGAGGUAUAGUCAAGAUCCUUUUUCUCCGAUGUCUCAUUUUCCUAAUUCCACUCUUUCCCUUCAUCAAAAUCUCACUUUUAGCGAUUGCAGCUCCCCAUGUAGUCCACUUAGUUUGAAUAAAAACCAAACCAAUGUUACUACCAUCCUUGAUUCUCACAAUCAAGUGAAUAUCGCACUGUCUGAGUUUGGCAAAACUAAGAAUUUUAGUAGUACUUGUCGGGUGUCUGAUAAACAUGACAAGAAAACCCCCGAGAAGUCUGAAGUUAGGGGGCUUUCAACUUGGCUUUCAAGUGAAUUGGAGCCAAACUUGACUUCAAGUCUUCUAGCUAGAUGGUUAGCUCCAGGGGGAGAACCUUGUAAAGAUUCUAAGACAGCUGGAAUAUCAAUGCCUGGGUUGGAUAAUGGGAAACUGAUUGAGCUGUCAGCUGGGGAAGUGCAUGAGUUUAUUUUUCAGGCAUUGGAUGAUUCAGGAAAGCCUCGAUGUUUAGGUGGGGAUUACUUUGAGACUGAUCUUUCAGGGGACUCAUGGAAAUCUAGGCCAUUGGUGAAAGAUUUCAAUGAUGGUUCUUACUCUAUUUCUCUUCAAGUUCAUCCUGAUUUUGUUGGGGUUUACAAUCUUACUAUAAUUCUGCUCUAUAGACACUACGAAGGUCUGAAGUUCACUCCAUGGAAAUUUGUCUAUGAUCGAGUGGUUUGGAGUGUUACAAUCGGGUUCUACAAUAGCAUUGCUCAGCUACCAGGACUUGAGACUUGUAAAGCUUCUGAUUUUGGCAAGGAUGUGUGGUGUGGAAGGUGGACAAGGCUUGGCAAGAAUGAUGACUGUAAAAUAGGUAAUGAUGGUAGGUACAGAUGCUUGGCAACAGAUUUUCCCUGUAAAGAACCAUGGUGUGAUGGUUCCUUGGGAAUUCUAGAAAGUAAUGGUUGGGUGUAUUCAACUCACUGCUCAUUCAAGAUGUAUUCAGCUGAGUCUGCUUGGAAGUGCUUGAAGAAUAGGUGGAUUUUUUUCUGGGGUGAUUCAAAUCAUGUUGACACAAUACGUAAUAUGCUCAAUUUUGUUCUAGAUUUGCCUGAAAUAUAUUCUGUCACCAGGAGAUUUGACAUGAACUUUUCGAACCCAAAAGACCCUUCUCAAACAGUUAGAAUCACAAGCAUUUUCAAUGGGCAUUGGAAUGAAACACAAAACUAUUUAGGAUUGGAUUCUCUGAGAGAUGAAGGGUUUCAAAAUCUGUUGAAGAAGUACUUCUCAGAAGACACAAUCCCAGACACUGUGAUCAUGAACUCAGGAUUGCAUGAUGGUGUUCACUGGCGUAAUAUAAGAGCAUUUACUGUUGGAGCAGACUAUGCAGCAUCAUUCUGGAGAGAUGUUAUGAUGGAAGCGAAGCAAAGGGGAUUAGCUUGGCCUAGAGUCUUUUAUCGUUCCACAGUUGCAACUGCUGGAUAUGCAAGAUCACUAGCGUUUAAUCCUUACAAAAUGGAGGUGUUCAAUGGUGUGCUAAUCGAGAAAUUGAAGAAAGCUGGCAUCAUCACUGGGGUGAUUGAUGACUUUGAUAUGACAUUUCCAUGGCAUUUUGAUAACCGGUGUAAUGAUGGCCUUCACUAUGGAAGGGCUCCUGCAAAAAUGAAGUGGCGUGAUGGUCAAAUUGGUCAUCAGUAUUUUGUUGAUGUUAUGUUAGCUCAUGUUCUGCUUAAUGCAUUAUGUGCAAGGUAA